CAAAAAAGAGAAAAAGUUGGGGAUUUUAUCUCUCUCUUUGCUCGUCCUCCUCCUCCUCGAAACCCGCGCCGCCGCCGCUCUCUCCGGAUUCGAGCCCAAUGGGAGGCGACGUCGAGAAGAUGAUCGCCGUCGGGCUCGUCUGGGGCGCCUCCAACGCCGUCAUGCGCCGCGGCGCUCUUAUCUGGGACCAGAAGCGCUCGGCGACGCCACCGGACGGCCGCCGCGGCCUCCUUGGGCACGUCCUCCGGUGGCUAGACCUUCCUAACCUGGCAAUAUCCGUCCCUUUCCUCAUAAUCUCUCCGCUCCGCCGCUUUCUUCUAUAUCUUGGCGGCUCCCCGAUCUCCGUCGCGGUGCCGGUGACGAAUGCACCAUUCGCCGCCACCGCCGUCGCCGCUUUGAUCUUCGGAGAGGAGAUGCGGGUCGGGCCUGCACUCUUUGGUACCGCUCUUAUCGUUCUGGGUGUUUGGAUUGUAUACAUGAGGAGCUUGAUCAAUGGCCUCAUUUGUUUCUUUUGGAGAAUUCCUCAUUUUGUCUAGGGGUUAUGGAUUUAAAUGGCUUCUAUUUUUCUGGUUUAUUUAUAAUUUUGAUUAAUCUACUUCGAGGCACAUGUUUUGUUUACUUGUCUGUGAAUUGUUAUCUUAUAACCGAUGCAUGUAUGCUGUUUCUAUUGAAUUAAGCUCUUUCACGAAAAAAUUUAAUGGACAGAUAUUUGGUUAAAUUUUAAGACUUUCUGAAUUAUAUUUCUUAUGGUAAAGAAAUUUCUUUUUUUUUUCUGCAUUAUAAGUUGGAUCAUAGUUUUACUAGUGUGAAGUAAAAGUAAACUCUGUUCAUUGGAUUUCACUGCAAGAGGGAUAAAUUUCAUUGGCUACAGAGCAGGCUCUUAGAAUAAACAUAUAAUAAGGUGU